AUGGGCACCCCGACGCCGCGGAUUCGCCGCACGGCGCAAAACACCCAGUUCACCUAUAAUCUCUCGAGGCGAAUCAGCGAUGUGAAGACAUACCCGGUGCAAUCACCCCAGGGUGCCACCGUUCUCAUAUACGGCCAUGAGAACGGCGUCACGCUAGUAUGGCGAGGCGGCCGGCGCUUCAAGCCAGCGAAAAAAGAGGUCCCCGUUGAGAAGCCCAACGGCAAAGCGGACGACGCCGUCAUGAUCAUCGACUCGGACGAUGACGAGCUCCCCGCCAAGACACACGCGACGCCCAAGUUCGAGGACAAGCCCGAGUUCGAAGACGUCGCCGAGCAGACGCCGUACGCAGAGAUCAUACAAACGCUCGACCUGACGCUGGGCACGGCGGUGCUGAAUGUGGCCGUCAUGCCGAUGGCGCCAUGCACAUCCGAGGAGGCUGCAGCUGGAGACGCGCCCAUACUCGCCGAGAAGAUGGUGUUUGCGGUGUCGUGCAUCACAAGCGACGUGUAUGUGAUUUCGCUGCCGCUCACCCCGCCGUCGCCGGAGAGCAAGGCGCGGCCAGACCUGCGGACGGACCUCCUCUCCGGAAGGGCUGGAUCCGGGGCGUGGGGCGAGUCGCUUGUCCUUCUAGGUGGGCAGACGAGACACAGCGACGGACUGGCCAUGACGCUCCUCCGGCCCAAAUCUCCGGAGAGACGCGGGGCCGGCCGGGCUGUCGUUGCUGCGUGCUCUCGGCAGGCCUCGGGCACUUUGCACUUGUGGGACGUGUCUCUGGACGACAAAAACAAGCCAGACCGGGCAGUUGAACCUUUCCAGACAGAGUUCCUGCCGGAACCCCUGUCGGCCAUUUCUUUCAACCCUACGCGCAACACCCAACUCCUCACAGUAUCUCCACACCAAGCAGCCCGAAUCUACGACUUUGCUGUCUCGUCGCUCCCUCCGGACUCGGACGCCACGGGACCGUUUCCUUCGCAGGGCUCUUGGCUCCUGUCCCUUUACCAGCCAUUCGCGAGACCUUCGGCCGCGAGGAAGCCCAUCCUCGACGCAGCUUGGGUCUCCCACGGGCGCGCGGUGUUUGCUCUUUUGGCAGACGGCAUGUGGGGGAUCUGGGACGUCGACGGUGUCAGCCCCUCGUCUCCCUCGGCGGCCAUGGCGACGAGGCUCAAGUCUGGAGUUCGCGGUGCGGCCCUGACGGCCUUUAGCGUAUCGGGCUACGUCGAGGGCACGGGCGCGCUGCGCAGCGUCGCCGCACAGGCCAAGGAGAACCAGACUGGAGAAUUUGCGCCGAUGACCCCGCAUACGCGCCGUCAGGCGACUGCGUCUCUCAGUGCUGCAACGUCACUCGACCGCCUGUCGACCGUUCGUGGCGGCGUCAGCACCGUGGCUCUGCCCUCGACGGGGCGUACGGCACAAGACGAGAGCCUGGUGCUGUGGGUUGGCGGCUACGAGCACGUCUGUGUCAUUCCUGGCGUCUCCCGCUUCUGGGAGUCUCAGCUGCGCAGAGGCUCGGGCGGCGGCGUCAACCUGUUUAGCGGCGCGCAGCCGACGCGGAUGGUCAAGCUCCUCGAUCUGUCGACUGGACUCUUGGGCGAGAGGUGCUGCGGCGUGAGCCUCGUUGCGGACCCGUCCCGGAGCGGCGACCACGUCGACAGCGACGGCGGGUUGCCGGUGGAUGUACUCCUGCGCGGCGAGACGAGGAUUGUGAUUGUGGGACAGGGCGACGAUGGACCCGGAAAGAGGGUUGGCGGCGUCGUCGAUGCGCAGCGGAAGCGCCUGUUCUCCAAGGGGGAGCGGUCAGACGCCAUCAUCGUGCACGGACGGGACGGCAGGAAGCCGAGCUUCUCGUACAACCUCAGCACGUCCAAGCCUGGCACACUGAGACUGAAGGCGCUGAACGGCCAGGGCGACUUGGAAGCGUCCCCCGGGGCAGGCGACUCGCCGUCCGUGGCACCACGGCGCCGCGUUGGCUUCGACUUUAUGAACACCUUGGAGGACGCCGCGGAUGUCAGCGCAGACCUCAGCCGCGAUGUCGAGGCGGAGAUGCUGGACAUUAUGGAGAUUGACCAGGCGCUCGAGAGCAUGGAAGGCAGCCGCGGGAAUGCAAGGAAGCGCGUCUUUUUCGAGGAGGACUGA